CUUGUAUAAAGUAUUAGUGUUGUAUUCGACCCUUCCUUGUACUACACGAGCAUAACUAACAUUUAUGACGUCAGCUUGAAACAAAAUCAAAACAGGAAAUGAUACAUAAUAGAGCGUCUCACUGGGAACAAGCCGUCGGUCGUUAGGACCCUGCAGGAAAGGAAACAUCGCAGCUGAGUGGCGAGUGUGUCAGCCGCUAACUAACCAGCUAGCUCGCUAGCUAGCCUGGCGCUUGUCUACUCGGCAGGAGAUUUUCCCCACCGUAUGCUUAAGUUUUAACUACCAGGCGUUGAUAUUUUAUUCUAUUUUCUGUUGACCGCCUGGGCUGCUUAACUAUGCCGAGUAAAAAGAAGAAAUACAACGCCAGGUUCCCCCCGGCAAGAAUUAAGAAGAUUAUGCAGACGGACGAAGAAAUCGGCAAAGUGGCUGCAGCGGUACCCGUUAUCAUUUCAAGAGCACUGGAGCUUUUCCUGGAGUCGCUGCUGACAAAGGCUUGUCAUGUCACCCAGUCCAAGAACGCAAAGACGAUGACGACGUCUCACUUGAAGCAGUGCAUCGAACUCGAGCAGCAGUUUGAUUUCCUGAAAGACCUGGUGGCAACCGUGCCCGACAUGCAGGGCGAGGGGGACGACAAUCAUGCCGAGGCAGCUGGGGAGAAAGUUCCACGCCGCGGUCGAAAGUCGGCGUCUGGGCACAAAAACGGCGGGCCGGGCUCUAAAGGCAAGGACAAGAAGAUGUCCGGCACCGAGUCUGAGCAGGAGGAGGACUCUGAGGACAGCGAGACAGACGGAGAUGGAGACGAAGAGGACGGCUCUCAGUCAAGCACAAACCUGCAGGCUGCAUCCAGGUUCCACAGCCCUCAGUGGAAAAUGUUUAAGCACCCCUGGACUAAAGCAAUGGUUGUCAAAAUGUUUGACACCAAGUGCUACCUCCAAAAACGCCAACACCCAGCACAUGCACACCGCCAGCAUGGCGGCCGGCCAGCCCCGCAGCCCCGUGGCCUUUGCCCCCCACGCCUCCAUGGUGAGCGCUGCUCCGCCCCCGCCGCCCUCUGCACCGCCCAAAAGCGAGGACUAUGACGACGAGGACUAUGACUCUUAGCCAACUUCUACACCUAUAUUACUGCCUCCUCCCAUUUUAGUUUAGUGGAGAAAAGGACUCUUCAUCAGGAGGCAGGAAGGAAACUGGUUGUAUAUUGGCUUUUUGUUCCUUUUAAAUACAGCUUUUAUUUCAUUCUAGAGGAGAAUCUUUUUAAGAAGUUGAGUUGAGAUUAUCAGACAGGAUAGGCGUGGUUUGUGUUGCUCUCUAGCUUUUUUCCUUUGCCACGCCGUAUUCCUUUCCGUAGGUGAUGGCGAUAAAUCCACCUCUGUCUUUGUCUCUCCUUUUAAACGGCUUUUAAACCAAAGCAAAGCCGCUCGGCCCUCGCAGAAGCCGCGCCGUUUGCUUUUAAAGUCGUUACGUUCCGCCCUCAUUUUUUCUUUCUCCUUUUCUUCUGUGUUGUGCUUUUGAACCUCACCCCCCAUUCCAUCCCCGCUCCCCAUUUUAAGAUUCUUUUUAAUGUAUGAACUGAAAGCGGACUUGAAAUAUUUCCAGAUAGGAAGUAGAAGCUGCAUUGUAAAGUUUUUAACAUUCUUUUUAUUUUGUAUGAGUGAAAUAAAUAAAAGAAAAUCCUGUUUCAA